AUGGAGAAUAGUACUGCAGUCACGGCCCCCAGAACUGCAGCCAAGAGCAUCGUCUCACCAACAUGGGAAGAACUCCUCGGCAGCACGAACUGGGAGGGGCUUGUGGAGCCGGGGCUUGAGGACAACCUACGCAAGUUCAUCCUCCAGUGCGGCGACUUAUGCCAAGCCACCUACGACUGCUUCAACUCCAACUCCAUCUCUCCACAGUGCGGCAAUAGUCGCCACGGCAAGGAUACCUUCUUCCACGACGUCAUGCUGGAAAACGCCUCACGUUACCAAGUCGUUUCAUUCCUCUACGCAACAUCCGGCAGCCGAUCCUUUUUCAAACAUUAUUUCCACCUCAAUGACGGCCUUGAUAGUUGGGACAGAGUGUCGAACUGGAUGGGCUAUGUGGCUGUCACCACCGACGAGUUUAGCAAAGCCAAUGGCCGCCGAGAGAUCUACGUGGCCUGGCGUGGAACCAUAACGAGUAGCGAAUGGUGGAGCAAUAUAGCCGGAGUAGUAGUACCUCCUGUGUCUGCGGAGCCAUUGUUCUUUGAUCCAACGUCAACCAAAGUAAAGCCUCUCUUUUUUUGGGAAGCUGAGCCCAAAAUCCACGAGGGUUGGCUCUCGAUUUACGACUCAGAUAAUAGCACCUCCGACUACGUGAAGACGAGUGCGAGAUAUCAACUCAUUACUACGAUCAGAAACCUGAGAGAAAAAUACAAAAACGAAAAGCUUAGCAUAGUGGUGACGGGACACAGUCUUGGUGGUGCUCUGGCGACUGUGAGCGCCUUUGAUCUAGUCCAGAACAACGUAGCCGGUGAUGAUGUCCUUGUCUCGGCUUUUGUCUUUGCAUGUCCUCAAGUGGGCAACCCAGUGCUGAAGACCAGAAUGGAAAAACACUCGAACCUCAAGAUUUUUCAUGUGAAGAACGUCCACGAUAUCGUGCCGAGAGUUGUUGGGAGCUUGCUUUGGUUUUACGUCCCUUUAGUUACGACUGAGCUCGAGGUCGAUACCAAAAAGUCGCCUCACUUGAAAGGUUGCUCAAUCUCUGAUGCUCACAACUUGCAAGCGACUUUGCAUGCAGUGGCCGGUUGGAAUGGGCGGGACAGCCAGUUCGAGCUCAAGGUCAAGAGGAGUCUGGCUUUGGUCAACAAGUCUUGUGGCCUUUUAAGGGAGGAGUCCAGAGUUCCAGAAUGUUGGAGGGUGGAGAAGAACAAAGGGAUGGUGUUCAAUGACAAAACUGGAGAAUGGGUCUUGGAUCCUCCACCUUCACCAAAUAAAAUGCUGUUUAAUAAGUUAUCUAUAAAUUAG